GGAGGCACCGGGGAGGAGCGCGCUGCGCCGCCGCCCGGCCUGCCGCCGCUCGGUGCGGGUCCGCGGGGCGCGAGGAGCGGCGAGACCGCGGCCUGGAACAAAGGGAGGCCGGCUGGGGCGGGGGCGUCGCGAGCAUGGCGGACCGCAGCCUGGAAGGCAUGGCGCUGCCCCUGGAGGUGCGGGCCCGGCUGGCCGAGCUGGAGCUGGAGCUGUCGGAAGGUGACAUCACACAAAAAGGAUAUGAAAAGAAGAGAUCGAAAUUGAUUGGAGCCUACCUGCCCCAGCCUCCGACAGCGAAUGGAGCUGCCGUGGUCCGGUGUAGACUGCAGCACAGUGAAGGAGCCCCGAGAAGAAUGCUGCAGGCUGGCAACAUCGGGGUGUGUGACAUCCGAGACGCCGCGGUCAGAGAGCGGGCGGCCAGCACCGCAGGAAACCGGCCACUGUUUUACUUUCGUUUCGGAGUGGAUCAAGCGUUGCCUCCAGAGCGCCGGGCUCCAGUUACUCCUUCCUCCGCCUCUCGCUAUCACCGCCGAAGGUCCUCAGGGUCACGAGAUGAGCGCUAUCGGUCGGACGUCCAUACAGAAGCUGUCCAGGCUGCGCUCGCUAAACACAAAGAAAGGAAGAUGGCAGUGCCUAUGCCUUCCAAACGCAGGUCCUUGGUUGUGCAGACCUCGAUGGACGCCUACACACCCCCAGAUACCUCCUCUGGCUCAGAAGACGAAGGCUCGGUGCAGGGUGACUCCCAGGGGACCCCCACCUCCAGCCAGGGCAGCAUCAACAUGGAGCACUGGAUCAGCCAGGCCAUCCACGGCUCCACCACCUCCACCACCUCCUCCUCUUCCACCCAGAGUGGGGGGAGUGGCGCCGCCCACAGACUGGCUGACGUCAUGGCUCAGACGCACCUAGAAAAUCACUCUGCACCUCCCGACGUAACCACUUACACCUCAGAACACUCAAUACAAGUAGAAAGGCCGCAGGGCUCUACGACGUCAAGAACAGCCCCAAAGUAUGGCAAUGCCGAGCUCAUGGAGACUGGCGAUGGAGUGCCUGUAAGUAGCCGGGUAUCAGCAAAAAUCCAGCAGCUUGUCAACACCCUCAAACGACCCAAACGACCACCAUUGCGGGAAUUCUUCGUCGAUGACUUUGAAGAACUGCUGGAAGUUCAACAACCAGAUCCAAACCAGCCAAAGCCAGAGGGAGCCCAAAUGUUGGCGAUGCGUGGGGAACAGCUGGGUGUGGUUACAAAUUGGCCCCCAUCUUUAGAAGCAGCGUUACAGCGAUGGGGGACCAUCUCACCAAAGGCCCCAUGCUUGACCACGAUGGACACGAAUGGGAAACCUCUGUACAUCCUCACUUACGGCAAACUGUGGACAAGAAGUAUGAAGGUUGCUUACAACAUUCUGCAUAAAUUAGGUACAAAACAAGAACCUAUGGUGCGACCUGGAGAUAGGGUGGCACUGGUGUUCCCCAACAAUGACCCUGCUGCCUCCAUGGUUGCUUUCUACGGCUGCCUGCUGGCCGAAGUUGUGCCUGUGCCCAUCGAGGUGCCCCUCACGAGAAAGGACGCAGGAAGCCAGCAGAUCGGGUUCUUGCUAGGAAGCUGUGGAGUGACUGUAGCCUUGACGAGUGACGCUUGCCACAAAGGGCUGCCGAAGAGCCCGACGGGGGAGAUCCCACAGUUCAAAGGUUGGCCAAAGCUAUUAUGGUUUGUCACAGAGUCAAAACAUCUCUCUAAACCUCCUCGAGAUUGGUUCCCGCACAUUAAGGACGCAAAUAAUGACACUGCGUAUAUCGAGUACAAGACGUGCAAGGAUGGGAGCGUGCUCGGGGUGACCGUGACGAGGAUCGCGCUUCUGACCCACUGCCAGGCCCUCACACAGGCGUGUGGCUACACAGAAGCUGAAACAAUUGUGAAUGUGUUGGAUUUCAAGAAAGACGUUGGGCUUUGGCACGGAAUCCUAACAAGCGUCAUGAACAUGAUGCACGUGAUCAGCAUCCCGUACUCGCUGAUGAAGGUGAACCCGCUGUCCUGGAUUCAGAAGGUCUGCCAGUACAAAGCAAAAGUGGCCUGUGUCAAAUCCAGGGACAUGCACUGGGCAUUGGUGGCACACAGGGAUCAGAGAGACAUCAACCUCUCCUCUCUCCGGAUGCUGAUAGUGGCCGACGGCGCAAAUCCCUGGUCUAUUUCUUCCUGUGACGCGUUUCUCAACGUCUUCCAAAGUAAAGGUCUACGCCAGGAGGUCAUCUGUCCAUGCGCCAGCUCACCAGAGGCUCUCACCGUGGCCAUCAGGAGGCCCACCGAUGACAGCAACCAGCCCCCAGGCCGCGGCGUCCUCUCCAUGCACGGGCUGACCUAUGGGGUCAUCCGGGUGGACUCGGAGGAAAAGCUGUCUGUCCUCACCGUGCAGGACGUCGGCCUCGUGAUGCCUGGAGCCAUCAUGUGUUCGGUGAAGCCGGACGGGGUUCCCCAGCUGUGCAGGACGGACGAAGUCGGGGAGCUCUGCAUGUGCGCAGUUGCCACGGGCACGUCCUACUACGGCCUCUCGGGUAUGACCAAGAACACCUUCGAGGUGUUCCCGGUGACGAGCUCGGGGGCCCCGGUCAGCGAGUACCCCUUCGUGAGGACGGGCCUGCUGGGCUUCGUCGGCCCUGGGGGCCUUGUGUUCGUGGUGGGCAAGAUGGACGGGCUCAUGGUGGUCAGUGGGCGCAGACACAAUGCCGAUGACAUCGUGGCCACAGCACUGGCCGUGGAGCCCAUGAAGUUCGUGUACAGGGGAAGAAUAGCCGUGUUUUCGGUGACCGUCCUGCACGACGAGAGGAUCGUGAUCGUGGCUGAGCAGAGGCCGGACUCCACGGAGGAGGACAGCUUCCAGUGGAUGAGCAGGGUGCUGCAGGCAAUCGACAGUAUACAUCAGGUUGGGGUUUAUUGUCUGGCAUUGGUUCCAGCAAACACCCUCCCCAAAACCCCACUCGGUGGCAUCCAUUUGUCAGAAACGAAGCAGCUUUUCCUGGAGGGCUCACUUCACCCCUGCAAUGUCCUGAUGUGCCCCCACACGUGCGUCACAAACCUGCCCAAGCCUCGGCAGAAGCAACCAGAGAUCGGCCCUGCCUCUGUGAUGGUGGGAAACCUGGUGUCUGGGAAGAGGAUCGCACAGGCCAGCGGCAGAGACCUGGGCCAGAUAGAAGACAAUGACCAGGCCCGGAAGUUCCUGUUCCUCUCGGAGGUCCUGCAGUGGAGGGCGCAGACCACCCCUGAUCACGUGCUGUACACGCUGCUCAACUGUAGGGGCACAAUAGCGAACUCGCUGACGUGUGUCCAGCUGCACAAGCGGGCUGAGAAGAUAGCCGUGAUGCUGAUGGAGAGAGGGCACCUGCAGGAUGGGGACCACGUCGCUCUGGUCUACCCACCAGGAAUAGACCUUAUCGCAGCAUUUUAUGGUUGCCUGUAUGCAGGCUGUGUGCCAAUAACCGUCCGUCCUCCACACCCACAGAACAUCGCAACCACGCUGCCAACCGUGAAGAUGAUCGUGGAGGUGAGCCGCUCCGCCUGUUUGAUGACAACACAACUGAUCUGUAAAUUGUUACGGUCCAGGGAAGCAGCUGCAGCUGUAGACGUCAGGGCCUGGCCCCCGAUACUGGACACAGAUGAUUUGCCAAAGAAGCGGCCUGCCCAGAUCUACAAACCUUCCAACCCAGACACACUAGCCUAUCUUGAUUUUAGUGUGUCCACGACUGGGAUGCUAGCUGGAGUGAAGAUGUCUCACGCAGCCACCAGUGCCUUCUGCCGUUCUAUUAAGCUGCAGUGUGAGCUCUACCCCUCUAGAGAAGUGGCCAUCUGCCUGGACCCUUACUGUGGACUUGGGUUUGUCCUGUGGUGCCUCUGUAGCGUGUAUUCCGGGCACCAGUCCAUCCUCAUCCCACCUGCAGAGCUGGAGACCAACCCUGCCUUGUGGCUGCUUGCCGUGAGUCAGUACAAAGUCCGGGAUACAUUUUGCUCCUACUCAGUGAUGGAACUGUGUACCAAGGGGCUGGGCUCGCAGACAGAAUCCCUCAAGGCACGAGGACUGGACUUGUCCCGCGUACGGACCUGUGUAGUGGUGGCAGAAGAACGGCCCCGAAUAGCACUCACCCAGUCAUUCUCAAAACUGUUUAAAGACCUGGGCCUCCAUCCACGGGCCGUUAGCACCUCGUUUGGCUGUAGAGUGAACCUGGCGAUUUGCUUACAGGGGACCUCGGGGCCCGAUCCGACCACCGUCUACGUGGACAUGAGAGCUCUGAGACACGACAGAGUCCGUUUAGUAGAAAGAGGAUCUCCUCAUAGUUUGCCCCUAAUGGAAUCAGGAAAAAUACUUCCAGGGGUUCGGAUCAUAAUUGCCAAUCCAGAAACAAAAGGACCGUUGGGAGACUCACACCUGGGUGAGAUCUGGGUUCACAGUGCCCACAAUGCCAGUGGUUAUUUCACUAUUUACGGAGAUGAAUCCCUCCAGUCAGAUCACUUCAACUCAAGAUUAAGUUUUGGAGACACACAGACCAUCUGGGCACGAACAGGCUAUUUGGGGUUCCUGCGGAGAACUGAACUCACUGAUGCAAACGGAGAGCGCCACGACGCCCUCUACGUGGUGGGGGCCCUAGAUGAGGCCAUGGAGCUGCGCGGCAUGAGGUAUCACCCGAUAGACAUCGAGACCUCCGUCAUCAGAGCCCACAAAAGCGUCACGGAAUGUGCUGUGUUCACCUGGACAAACUUGCUGGUGGUUGUGGUUGAGCUCGACGGGUCCGAGCAGGAAGCCCUGGACCUGGUCCCCCUGGUGACCAACGUGGUCCUGGAGGAGCACUACCUGGUGGUGGGGGUGGUGGUGGUGGUGGACAUCGGCGUCAUCCCCAUCAACUCCCGGGGGGAGAAGCAGCGCAUGCACCUCCGCGACGGCUUCCUGGCCGACCAGCUGGACCCCAUUUACGUGGCCUACAACAUGUAGACACUCCCAGAGGCGGGCCAUCUGCUCAGUGUCGCGAGUGUGCAGACGCCAGGGCGAGUUCCCGAGCGGAGCUUUUGCCAAGUGGUGGGGAGGAGACUUUCCACUCGUCCUGAUCGGCACGGGGAUGAGACGAGAAAUGUGAAGUUUGCUCAGAAGGACUUUGCGUUACUGCCUUCAGUUUAUUGGAAAAGCCCAUUUCAAAAACUUUUUCUUUUUUUUUAAUUAUUGGAUAAUAAGUGCUUUCUUCGUAAAUGUGGUAUUUUGUUAAGCCAAACUAGCAAUUAAAAAAAAUAUUCUGCCCUCCA